CAACGCUCCCGCAAGACGUCGUACCAUGGCUUACGACGACGAGCAUGCUGACAUUCUCGGCGGUCCCAUCUUGCAGACACCAAACACUGGUGUUUUGGGUCAAUGGUCCCAGUACUCCGUUCUAUUCAGGGCUAGUCUCAUACUAGCACUUGGCCUAUUGGUAUCUCUCAUCUCAGUACGCGCCUGGGACAUAUGGAAAAAAAAUCAGGAAUUGGGCUACAGAAAAGCGAUGCGUCGCAAACAUGGAAUCCCCGACUCGGACUGUCGUCCCUUUGCUGUAGCAUAUGCUGCGGCUACCCGGGCGCGCGCUGAACGUGAGGCUCAGGAUAGGCUUCAAGCCAAUAACAUCACGGAAGAGCGUCCGGCGAUAAAUCAUCAAGUUCCGUUGCCAGACGCGCAUGGAUUAAGGCGAAGGGCGGCCGAACCCGCUGCGAAGCCACAUGUAAAUCAACUCCCUGCAACAAGACGUAUCAUUUCUGGAUUUGAUCACAAACCUAACGGAUUCGACUUUGCACAUCGGUAUAACCCUCGCCUUCGGGAUGGUGCUCUUCCUCUCUUGGGGGAGUCUAUAACACCUGGGAAACGUUCUUCCUAUCGCCGUGCUAGCAGAAAGGAUCUCUUUUUCGAUGUGAAUGCGGCAGCGGAAGGCAAGAAACGAGCUUUUGAUCAUGAAGGCAAUCAUGAGCCUGAAACAUCAAAGAAGUCUCGUGUUGAUAUUGAUGACCUCAUUGAUGGCGAAUUGUUCGAGGAAGAGGACGAACUACAGCCCGCUCAACGGGGAUCAAAACGGACAUUUGACUCGGACGAGGAAGCUGAUUAUAUGCGCACCGACGGUCGCGACAAGCGCCCGCGGAAUAUGUCGCGGGCUCAGACACCUGAAGACGAGGAAAUGGAAGAUGUCGAGGACGAUGUCGCUGAGUUGCACCCAAUUCCUCGCGGGAAGAAGCGUGAUCGUGCCGAGGCAGGCUCGACGUUCGGCGGUGAUGAUGAAGAGGAGGAGGCACUGGAUGAUCAAGAUGACCAGUCUCACCGUCAUCGUAAGCGUCGCACGGUUCGGCCAAGAAAAUCAGAUGCUUCUGCCCGCGGCAGGAAGCGAGAUCGUGAUCCUGAAUCUCCAGCAAGCGAGGGCAGCAUUGGAGGUUCUCAUAGGCACAAAGAGCGCACCUCGAAGAAGAAGAAACGGGGCAAGAAAGCUUCUUCUGAGGCCGCCAGCGAUGCCCUAGAGAGCUCGCAGGACCCUCUCUGCAAAGGUAGAAAGAUUGGCGAGGAAUGGGAAUCAAAUGAUGUUCAAUACAAGGUUGGGAAUGAAGGCGAACGGCUUCGUCUCACUUUGGUGAAAAAGGCUCGCAGCAAAUAUUCAAUGCCCAGAGAUUCUCAGCAUCCAGAUCGGCAGGCUAAUAUGGAGAUCUACGUGGAAACUUGGCUUACAGAGGAACAAUACAAGGACGCUGAGGAACGGCAGGAGCUUGUCUGGCAGGAGACGCCUAGAGCCUCGAUUGAGCCUAGCACCCCCGGUGAAGCCCCUGCAUCACCAACAAAGGCAGGCAAGGAUUUGCUCUGGGACUCGAUGAAGAACAGCCCCGUUUCUGGUCGUGCCUUCCGUCAGUCAUUGACCAAUGGCUCAGCCCGGGUGAAUCCAUUCAAACAGCCUUUGCCACAGGCUACAACUGGCCGACGUGUUGCCUCUUCGAAUAUCCAUACUCCACCAUUAAUUCUCGGUGUGGUCGAGGGUCCAUCUCGCCCCGGGUUCCGUGCGUUCUCAAAAUGGGAGAAGCAGGAUCUUGAGGCUGAGGCGAUGGCAAGGAUGCGUGCACGGAUGCUGGAGCAGAAGAAAGCAGAAACCCCGCAAUCAAAGGCCUUUGAACUUUCGACCAGCGCCACCGCGCCUGAAUUGGGCCCUAAAGCUCCGGCUGUACCCAUUAUUACAUUCACCCCACCACCCCCUGCUGCAUCUACGUCUUCCGGCACUGAGACGAAGCCGGCACCAUCAUUAUUUUUUGGUGUUACCCCCACAAGCACGGACGCCUCAAAGUCCGCUGCUCCUGCUGCGUCUACCACCCCGGCAAGUGUUACGCCCGCGGCCUCGGCUCCAGCUGCCAACAAACUUAGCCUAUUCCCUACCUCGCAUACUGCACAAAUAGCCCCCGCAGCGUUGGCGCCCUCAUUUGGCCCACCCACAACACAACCUCCUACCACCACCGCGCCUACUACAGCAUCCUUACCUUCUAUACCCAACUUCUUCGCCAAAGCAGCUCCACCCUCGACACCUGCACCUGCAACAACUACGCCUUCGACAGUUCCUUCAUUUUCUUUUGGUCCCACGCCUGCACAGCCGCAGUUCACUGCUCCUACUCCCGCAUCCACCAAUCCCUUUUCUGCGCCUGCUGCAUCGAGCAUGGAAACCAACAAACCGACGCCAUUCCCCUUCGCAAAACCCAGUACACUACCUUCCUCAGCCCCAAUAUCUACAUCGGCACAAGUUAACCCAGCGUCGUUAUUUGGGGCACCCUCAAGCACCGCUGCCCCGGCUUCUGCUCCGUCCGCACCUGCUCCCUUGAAGUUUGACUUUGGCAAAAAGCCUGCUACCACGAACCCUAAGCCUGUUGCUACAUCUUCCUCUACCACAACUGCUUCUGACGCUUUCAAAUCGACUGGGCCUUUAUUCCCGCACUCAGCAACUACCCCUCAACCUAGUCCCUUGGGAGCGAGCGCACCACAGAAGUUCUCAUUCGGUCAACCCACGUCGGCGUCCGUAUUUGGUUCUGGUAGCAAUGUCGCUGUUGUAUCAAAACCUGCUGAGACCUCAGAAGCGCCCAAGCCCAAAGUAGCAGAGAUUGAAGCACCGAAGUUUUCAUUUGGUCAACCCUCCGGUAGCUCAGCUUUUGGCUUUACAGGUGCUGCAUCAGCACCCAAAUCAACGUUGAACUUUGGAGCACCAUCAGGGACAUCUACCUUUACCACAGGUGCGCCGGGUGGUGAUGCGAAGAAGACGGAUGCGCCAUUAUCAAUUUUCGGCGCCGCGAAUGCUACCAAGGAAGAUGGAAGCAAGGUUGGCGCUCCUGCACCUGCGGCGUUCGGUGGUUCCAGCUUUGGUGCAAAUGCAAACGGCAUCGCGAGCAAUAUCUUUGAGAAGUCCAGUGCUCCACAGCCCAGUGGGGACGCAAGCGCGUCCACAUCGACUCCCAAGAAUGUGUUUGGCAAUGCCAUGUCGAGCAAUUCAUUUUCCACAACUCCUGCCGGAUCUCCUGCUGUAUUUGGCAGUGCCCAACCAAGCGCUUUUGCAUUUGGCAAUGGGUCAACCAAACCUGCAGAUAGCCCGAAGCCGUCACCAUUUGCCCCUCCGUCAAGCAAUGCCACUACUAUCUUUUCAUUUGGGAAGAAGGAAGACAACGCAGUGCCUUCUUCGUCCGGUACCAAUGCCUCUGCUGCGCCUGCGUCAUCGACGCCCACGUUUGCAUUCGGAACUUCCGUGUUCGGUCAACCCUCGACAGGUACUUCGAAUGGACCUACGCAGCCGCAGUCGGUGUUCGGGAAGCCGUCGGCACCUACACCCAGUGCGUUUGGUUUCAGCAGUGGGACUGGUGGGACUGGAAGCAACUCAUUCGUCUUCGGGGGUCAACCCGGUGGCCAAAACCAACAGCAAUGAUGCGUUUUCAUUUUUUGUAUACAGGGGGACUGCAUACGUGAACCUGUACAGCACAUACCUUUUUUCUGUCUUGCGUUCGUCCCAGUACAUUAUAGGCAUUCAAGUAUUGCAUAUCUCAUCGCAUGUCAUCGUUUGUUUUUUGUACCAUCAUACGACUUAAUCUGUUCAGGGCAUUCAGCGCUGCCCAAUUGGAGUGCCCUGCGUCCAGCAGACUUGGCUACUUUGAUUCAGGAUAUCACAAGCAAGUCGAUUCACGCCUUAUGGCUGGUUCAGAUAGCUGCAAAGCUCCGAAUUCGGCCUCUUCUGUGACGGUUGCCUGCCUCGAUAUCCACCUUCCACCAUCUCGGCGGGCAUCGUAUUUCCCGGAGUCGCUCUAAUCGACCAAGUAUCAUUGGUCUUUGCGCUCUAUUG